AUGCAACAAGUCACACCCACGGAGGAAUAUCAUCCGGGUGUUUUCACCACGCAUAACUUGAGUUAUAAAGUACCUUCAACACCGGGCGCCACUCCAGAUGGCACACCUAAACCUACAAAUGUUACCAUUGUUCAUUCCACCAAGCAGCUUAGGCUCAUCAACCAGAUUGCCACUAUACUGUCCGCAUUGACGUCCAAGUUUUCCAAUCAUAGGAUUAACAAUUCCAAGCAACAUUUGAUACCUUUUGUAACUGAGGUGUUCCGCAGAUCGAAGUGCACGAAAAAGGUAAUCUUACUAUCGAUGUAUUACUUUCACAAACUCCACACCUUCAAGUUGAAGUCAAUCACUAAUCUACCAGAGUUCUCGCGGUGUGCCAAGCGUAUCUACCUGAGCUGCUUGGUAAUCGCUCACAAGUUCCUGAACGACCAAACCUUCUCUAUGAAGACAUGGCAAUGUAUUAGCGGUCUCAGUUCGAAAGACAUCACUACCAUGGAGCGGUGGUGUCUUGGAAAACUGGAGUAUGAGCUCUUAUUAGACGAUGAUAAAUUGAACAUGUGGGUUCGCAAUGUUUUGCAAAAGGACUCUGUAAAUUGCGUCCUGGUCACUAUGUCUAAAAAGAGAUCAAGAGACGUUGACGCAGAUCUUGAGUGGUAUCCACGGAGUAAAAGAACCAACUGUAUAUAUUGA